AUGAGCACUUUGAUCAAGAGCGUAGCUAAUGAUCGCGGUGUCAACUCUGCGGUCGAUCUGGGCUCAGGUCAAGGGUACCUUUCCCGAGCCUUGGCCUUUCAACAUGAUAUGCAGGUGCUCGCCGUCGAUAUGUCCGAGAUCCAAACCCGCGGUGCCGAAAAAUUUGAUAAAACAGCUUACAAAGGAUUCGCACGGCAGCAUGACGAGCAUGCUGAGUCUCCACGAUUACACCACGUCACGGAAAAGAUCACCCCUGACAAUAUAUCAGAUGUCCUGAAUCGAUGGGGCACGAAUACGGAUCCCAACGAACAAUGGUUGGUGUGCGGUUUGCAUGCCUGUGGAGACCUUUCAAGCAUGAUUCUACGGUUAUUUGCAGAAAGUAGUGAAGUCUCCUGUAUGGUGAAUGUCGGUUGCUGUUACCAUAAUUUAACCUGCGAAGAUGACGAGAUCGAAACUGACGAUGCUGCGCCUAUCUAUGGGUUCCCGAUGAGCCAGGCCUUAGCUGGGUACAAGAUGGGGACAACUGCACGUGUGUUAGCGUGUCAAUCACCCUGGCGGUGGGCAGAGCAGAAGAAAGGGAGCCAUGUAUCGUUUCUUCAUCACUUUUACAGAGCCUUGUUACAGAAAAUGUUUGUGGAAAAAGGCCUCUCGACCGUCUCCACUCCUCCUGUAUUAGGACGUAUGCACAAGAGAAAAGGUUUCACAGAUUACAUUCAGACCGCCUUGCGACGUUUGGAUAUGCCCGCGGAAACUAUUUCAGAGGAAGAAAGCAACGAGUACUUGGAAGAAUAUGUUUCUAAACGCGUCGACAAGCAACUCGUGGUUUUGUGGAUGUUGCGUGUUCUCUUGGCUCCAGUAUUGGAAAGCAUCGUUCUUGUGGAUCGAUACCUAUACCUGAAGGAAGCCAUUGCAUCCAGCACCAAUCCACAGAAAGGAGUAUGGAUGUUCCCGUUGUUUGAUCUAUCUGCCUCACCACGGAAUGUUGUAUUUAUUGCGUCCAAGUGA